GCUGCUUCUUUCUCCACUUUGAACCCCCCUCUCCUACAGAAAUAGAAAAAGGGUCUGGCGAGAAAGAGCGCCUCUAGUAGUGUGAGUGAGGACACAUCAGCAAAGAAGUCUUCCGUGUGCUCAGCAUCAGCUAACGCCUGAAACCUCCUCCCCAUAAAAGAAGAAGACACUUGUAGCGAGAGCUUAAAAGAAAAAAAAAAAGGGGCUAGUGGGUUUGUAUACAAAUACCCAAGUUCAGACAGACUUCGGGAACAAAUAAGUACCCACUGAGGGCUUGUGAAUUACAUUUUUGUCAGCCGCCAGGUUAGUUUGACGCAUUUCAAACGUUUUGAGGGAAUGGCAUUGGACUUCGCUGCGGGCUGCAUAGGAGGUGCUGCUGGUGUUUUGGUGGGACAUCCAUUUGACACUGUGAAGGUGGGUGUCCGUUCCAUCUUCUUCACUAUUUGCUCAUGUUAGGCAAUGACAUGAUCCAGUACUUUGCUAGUUAAAAUGCUGUAAGUCAGACCACUCUGUUUGCAACCUGAAUUAGAAUCCAGAUAACCUAAAGUAACAUUUUCAGCUUUUUAUCAGAAGAGACAUAGAAGUACAUACAUAGAAAUUGUACAUGAGAACAAAAGAGGUGCACUCACUUUCUUUUAGAUUUGAAUGAAAUUUAAAUUUAGGGACAUUGGUUUCAGUUACUGGCAUUUUGCUCUGGUAUUCUCUAAUCCUAUACAGUCUAAGCACAGUAAACCACAGCAAGUAAACCUGUCUACACAGUACUCCUUUGGCCUAAAGCUACUCGUUAAAGUCAAGGAAUUUUAGAUGUAGCACACAGUUGUUUGAAAUUGCAGCCUCCACUUACAUACAGAGAUGGUGAAUGGUUUGGUUGUAGCUCUUUUGUACUUUGCUUUUAAUGUCAUUUCUCCCUGAGCUGGUGUCUGGGGGAGGCUGUCUUUAACAGCAGCAGUGUCACUGUGUUGUAGAUGAGAGAGAGAAAUAAACAACCUCUCCAUGGAAAUGUGACCUAGUGAGGCUGCAAGUUCAAAAUGUGGACAAACCUCUGUACCGUGGGACAUUUCACUGCUUCCAGUCAAUCAUACGCCAGGAGUCGAUGCUCGGUCUGUACAAAGGCAUUGGCUCUCCCAUGAUGGGCCUGGCCUUCAUCAAUGCCAUAGUCUUUGGUGUCCAGGGCAACGCCAUGCGCAAGCUUGGCCGUGACACACCUCUCAACCAGUUCUUGGCUGGAGCCUCUGCUGGAGCCAUCCAGUGUGUCAUUUGCUGCCCAAUGGAGCUGGCCAAGACCCGCAUGCAGCUGCAAGGGACCGGAGAGAAGAAGUCUAAGAGGAAGCUGUAUAAGAACUCCCUGGACUGUCUGGUGAGAAUCUACAACAAGGAGGGAAUCCGAGGUAUCAACCGUGGCAUGGUGACCACCCUGAUGCGUGAGACGCCUGGUUUUGGUGUGUACUUUCUCGCUUAUGACGUGUUGACACGUUCCCUGGGUUGUGAGCCAGAAGACCCUUACAUGAUCCCCAAGCUGUUGUUUGCUGGUGGAAUGUCUGGCAUCGCUUCCUGGCUCUCCACCUAUCCCGUGGAUGUGAUCAAGUCGCGUCUUCAGGCGGACGGGGUCGGCGGUGUCAACCAGUACAGUGGCAUUAUGGACUGUGUCAGACAGAGCCUAAAGAAGGAGGGGUGGAGGGUGUUCUCACGUGGACUCACGUCCACUUUGCUCCGCGCGUUUCCGGUGAAUGCUACCACAUUUGCCACUGUGACUUUAUUUUUAAUUUACAUGCGUGAGGGAGAAGAGUGUAGCAUUCAGGACUCUGAGCCGCAGUCUGUGCAGCUGCAGCCACUGCAGCCGCAGACGCAGCCGACCAGCCUGUAAAGCCAUUGCGCGCCAGCGAGCAUUACUACAGUCAAGCACAUUUAUUGAGUGUAGAUGGAAUUUGCAGCUUCAUGCUGGUCUGUGAUCUGUUAACUGGUAUCCAUAAUGAGAAAGGUGAACUGAUCCUAGGUAAGCAUCUGCCCAUGGAGCUUCAGCAAAGUGACCACAUGUAGUAUUUAAAUAAUAUAUAUUUUACCAUGAAAGCUGUACUUGUAAAUAUGGUCUGUUUUUAAACGUCUGUGGUUUUGUACACACUACUUUUUGAGUUUUAAUUAAUUUUAGGAAACUUGACGGUUACAAGCAUUACUGUAACAAUCUCUACAGUGACAGUUACUGAUGUUCCUAAAAACGUUGAGUCAAAGAAACUCUUCAGGUCAUAAUGGAAUAUGUUUGGAGUUCAUGUUAACAACCGAUCGCCACUGUGCCAGUCAGUGACAGUUAUUGAUUACCAAAACCAGGUCUACAAAGUUUAGCAUACUUGUAAACAUUAAUGAAUUUGUACUGUUCCUUUGCGCAAACUUCUAUCAGUGAAAUGAAUGUGAUUUUAAAGAUUUAAUUUAUUAAUUUUAAGAAGUUGACCAAUCCAUAGUAAUCUCUCCAUGGUGUCCAGGUCGAGUCAUCCCCUUACUAUUGACCUUCAUAUAGUGUGAACGCAGCAUUUUAGCGUCUUAUUGUAAUAGUUACAAAUACAGAGAAAGCCAUGUACAUGUAAAUGUACAAGCUCCAUGUAGUUACUGUAUUCUUCUUCUGAGGUUACAACUGUGUUUGUUGUUCAACUUUCCUAUGAGAAAUCACAGGAGUUUGAUCCAAGUUGUGGAUGCUGUCUGAAGUUUUAUCCUCUUUUUGUUUCAUUUUUUGUCUACUUUAAAAAUCUGCCUUGAAUUCUGAAGUUCAUAAUGAAAAUGUUACAGACCAAGAAGUUGGCCCAUGGCAGUAUGACAUAAACACGACUUAAAUACAAAAUGAUCAUGUGUUAAAAUUUCCUUAAAAUGCUUAAUUUAAUUUAACAAUCACAGUUUAAAACCAAAUCUGAAUGAGCUUCUUUUCUUUUCUUCUGGACAUUGUACAAUGUCUAAAGAAAGCACCUUGUUAUGAUAUUAAGCACAUGUUCGGUUAAAAAAAAAUUUUUUCACUUAACAGUAGAUUUUAUAUUAUAAUGCAAGAUUCUCUUACAGUGUCAUACAAAACAAAUGGCUUGUUAAAGGUCAAAAAUGCAUGUGUAACACCUAACUGUAUAUCAAAAUAGCUAAAGCUAUCACUUUCCUCACAUGUGGACGGCACACAUCUUCAUGUCUAAAUCUGCAGUUCUGAACUGACGGUGCUGUUACUUUUCCUAUCAAUAAGUAGCAGAUGUUAGACUGCUGAGUCCAAAGUGCAGGUCUGUAACUGCUUUGUGGUUGUCCAAAGACAUAAUGACAUACAUACUGUGAAUUCAGUGCUUUUUCUUCUCAUGUAAUCCCUUUGUAAGAAAGCUUUAGAUGUAUCUGGUGCAAUCCUGCAAUUUAUUUUAUUUUUGUUUUGUUUCAAGCCUUUACUUCUGUAAAGUACUUCUGACUAGUAGGUCUGUCUGACUGUACCGGUGGAUGAUGCAUCUUUGUGAAAGGGCUGCUACUGUUGUGUUCUGUACUUGUGUGUGUACAAUAUGUGCAGCAUGCACAGUGUAGCUCCUUGAAAGUGAAAUAAAAAGCCACUUUUUCUCA